AUUAGUAGUUAGUUUGAUUAUCUUAAUAGAAUCAUUAUAUGCAUGCAUGGAUUCAAUUUCAAGCUCAAUGUUAUAUAAUUAGAUGAUGAUCUGCGUGUUGGAAACUAGGGGGGCAUGGUACUUUGCUUGGCAAUAUUAUAAUCAUUCAUCAUGAAUUUCUUUAAUCAUUGCUUAAUCACAACACUACAAUGAUGAGAAAUUGUUGGGACUGUUUCAAAACUGGACACAUGACAGCCAAUGUAGAUCAGGAAGAUGGGGAUUUUCAGUUCUAUUUCUCUUCUGUAUAUAAGAGGCUUGAUGCAUUGGCUUAAACAACAACCAAUACCACCUCUACAUUCACAUUCUUGAGAGGCUUUUUUUCUGCAGAAGGAAAAAAAUGGCCGUCUGUCAUCUCCGUUCAAUCAGCUUACCAUCUGGAUCUCAUCCUCUAACUACAAGUAUUGAGGAGCAGCUGUGCAAGUUAAAGGAAUCACAAUCCUUAUCAAUAGGCCAGAAAUUGAGUGGCAUAAAGAAUUUGUUCGAUUGCGUUGAUGAUUUGCUACAAAUGCCCCAAGCCCAACAGACUCUCUCCCAGGAAAGGCAAAGCCAGUGUGUAGAAAAUGCAUUGAAUGGAUCUCUGGAAAUGUUGGAUCUGUGUGAUUCCACAAGAGAAUUUUUCUCACUGAUGAAGGAAUGUGCACAGGAGCUUGAAUUAUCUCUUCGCAGAAGAAAGGGCGGAGACUCUGGCUUGACAAGUGAAGUUGAUGCAUACAUGGUAUCUAGAAAGAAGAUCAAUAGUGCCAUUCGCAAGUGCCUAAGAAAUUUAAGAAGAAAGGAGAGGAAUUGCAUAACAGCCUUGGACAAUAACUCCAACUUGACCAACAUGAUUAGCACGCUAAGAGGAGUUCAAGAAAUUAGUCUUGUGGUAUUCGAGUCAAUCUUAUCUUUCAUUUCCCAGCCAAAGGCAAGAUCAAAGCCUUCUGGAUGGUCUAUCAUCUCAAAAUUACUGCAAUCCAAACGUGUAUCCUGUGAAGUGGAAAUUGAAGUCAAUGAAGUAGAGAAGAUUGAUGCUGAAUUGCUUAUCCUGAAGUCAAGCAAAGACGUCAGUAUUUCACAACUUCAAAAACUUUUGAAAGGAUUGGAGGCUUUGGAAUCAAGCAUUCAAGAAGCAGAAGAGGAUCUGGAAUGCAUCUAUAGGCGAUUGGUGAAAACUAGAGUAUCCCUUCUCAACAUUUUGAAUCAUUAAGGGUGUUGCUUCCUUCAACUGCCCAACACAAUUUUGUAUCAUAGUGU